UGGUGGGUGCCCACCAUGGAGGAAAUGGUGAUCUGGGAGCAGCACACAGUGACACUAAGCAGGGAUCCUUAUCGGGGCUUUGGAUUUGCUGUCUCUGGAGGCCGUGACCGUCCCAACAGGACAACUGGAGACACAGCAGUGUUUGUUUCAGAUGUGGUGCCUGGGGGACCAGCAAUGGGUCAGCUCCAGAGGAAGGAUCACAUUGUGAUGGUGAAUGGCCUUUCCAUGGAGAAUGUCCCAUCAUCUGUCGCCAUCCAGACACUUAAAACCUGUGGCAAGAUCGCCAACAUUACGCUGAAAAGACCGAAGAAGAUUCACCUUCCUGUGAGCAAGAGCAGCCCUGGGUCCCCUGCUGUGCACUACGACUCAGAUGAGGACUACAGGCUGCACCGCUCCCGGGAUGACCUGGAUCAUAGCCAGGGCUAUGAUGGGGACUCAUCCAGUGAGAGGAGCUCUGGUCACCACCAUGAUGACCGUCGCCACCACAAGCCAGUGUCACGGAGCCAGAGGCGAAGCCAGGACAGCAGCCACUGGAUGCAGAGUAGCUCGGAUAGGAGAGGCCACGGCCGACAUGGCUCUGCCAAUGCCUUUGGCAAGGACGGGGACACCAAUGGGCUGGCCCUGGUGUCAGGUUUCAAGCGGCUGCCACGCCAGGAUGUGCCAAUGAAGCCCAUCACGUCAGUCUUGGUGAAGCAGAAACAGAAUGAAGAGUAUGGCCUGAAGCUGGGGAGUCAGCUCUUCAUCAAGCACAUAGUGGAGAGUGGGCUGGCGGCCAAGGGCAACUCCUUGCAGGAGGGAGACCUCAUCCUGAAGAUCAAUGGGGUAGCCAGCCAGGACAUGUCCUUGGCUGAAACCCAGCAGCUCAUUGAGCAGACAGAGGGGGUCCUGACCCUGCUCAUCCUCCGUGACCACCGGCAGUUCCUAGUCAACAUCCCUGACAUUGACAGCCAGAGUGACAGCUCCCGGAUGGACGAUAUCUCAGACAUCGACUCUGAGCUGUCCCAUCCAGCAUCUCCAGAGGCCUCCCCACGACCUCCAGCUGCUGCCAGGACAAAUUCACUGGAGAGGAGAAGAUUGAACAGGGAGCCUGCCGCCGAGGUGACUGUAGCUGAUGCUCAUGGCCCAGACCUUCUGGAAGCCAUGGAGUGGGAUGGCCACAGCCCCCACACCAGCCCCACUGCCCAAGCUGCCCACAAGGACAGGUACAGCACCAACUCCAGGGUCGUACGGUUUGUGAAGGUGAAGAGUGUGGGGCUGCGGCUGACGGGUGGGAACGAUGUGGGCAUCUUUGUGUCGAGUGUGCAGGAGGGGAGCCUAGCUGACAGCCAGGGCGUUCGGGAAGGUGACCAGAUCCUGCAGGUGAAUGACACCAGUUUCCAGAACCUGACCCGUGAGGAGGCUGUGGGAUAUCUCAUGGCCCUGCCCCCAGGCGAGGAGGUCACGCUGUGGAUCCAGAGCAAGCAGGACAUUUACAGGAAGAUGAUCUCGUCCAAUGUGGGUGACUCGUUCUACAUCCGGACACACUUUGACUUUGAGAAGGAUACACCAUCAGGGCUCAGCUUUGUCCGUGGGGACGUGUUCCAUGUGCUGGACACCAUGUACCGGGGCAGGAUGGGGAGCUGGCUGGCUGUGCGCAUGGGCAGGGACCUGCAGGAGCAGGAAAAGGGAAUCAUCCCCAACCAGAGCAGGGCCGAGCAGAUUGCCAGCUUGGAGUCGGUGCUGAAAGCCACGUCUGGUGCCAAUCCUUCUGGGGCAAGGGCUGAGUUUUGGAAGCUGCGGGGCUUGCGGGGAGCCAAGAAGAUGCUGCGGAAGAGCAGGGAGGACUUGUCUGCCCUCACAAAGCAGGGGCGCUACCCACCAUAUGAGAGGGUGGUCCUCAAGGAAGCCAGCUUCAAGCGGCCGGUGGUGAUCCUGGGCCCCAUCGCAGACAUCGCUGUGCAGAAGCUGAGCAGGGAGCUGCCCGAGCUAUUUGAAAUUGCCCCGAGCGUGCCCCGAGACGGGGCAUCGUCCAAGGUCAUCAAGCUGGACUCAGUGCGGCAGAUUGCAGAAAAGAACAAGCACGCCUUGCUGGACAUCACGCCCUCGGCUGUGGAGCGCCUCAAUUACGUGCAGUACUAUCCAGUGGUGGUGUUCUGCGAGCCUGAGAGCCGGCAGGGCAUCAAGGCCAUGCGGCAGUGGCUGGCACCUGACUCCAGGAAGAGUUCCCGGCGCCUCUAUGCCCAGGCCAACAAGAUGAAGAAGUAUUGCAGCCACCUCUUCACAGCCACCAUCAGCCUCAGUGGCAGUGGCAAUGCCUGGUACGAGCAGAUCCAGGAUAUCAUAAGGACACAGCAAAGCCAGCCUGUCUGGACAACAGCAGAGCAGGCAGAUGUAGCACCCGAGGACAGUCUGGAACUGCUGAACCCACCGAGCACAGUGGCCUCAGGCUACCUGACAUGUGACAGCCAUGCCAACAGCGACUACGACGACACAGAUGGAGAGGUGGGCGCCUUCACUGAUGGUGAGGCAGAGGAUGCCUGUGACCAGCCCGGGCUUGCCCGCUCCUCUGAGCCAGCACAGCUGGCCCCAAGCCACAGCCAGAGUGAACAGGUGCCUGAACAGUCACAGCAGGGCAGGCACUAUGACAGCAUCAGGGAAUACGAGCACGAGGCAGUGAGGAGGAGGUUCACACGGGCCAGGGAUGACUCAGACCAGGAUGAAGACUACGAGUGGGGCCCAGCCACAGAUGUGUAGUGGCACUGCUGUCUUGUCCUUCACACAACCCUGCACAACUGGGUG